CGUGUCAGUUCCACACGCCUUCCUGGCUGGUUUGCGGGGCUGAGGGAGGUGGAAGUGCGCGUUCGCGUGUUUUUAUUCCGAUUUUAAUGAUUUAAAGGCCUUAAAAGCGUCGGAGAUAAACCUCAGCAGCGAGUUCGGGAGGAGAGGAAGCGAUACAGAGCCAUAAACCUACCUUUUAACCCGCGGAGUAGCCGAGAAUCGAGCAUCAGAGAUGAGUCAGUGGCUCGAGCUGCAGCAGCUGGAUUCUAAGUUCCUGGAGCAGGUAGACCAGCUCUACGAUGACACAUUCCCCAUGGCCAUCCGUCAAUACCUGAGCAGUUGGAUUGAGAGCCAUGACUGGGACCAUGUUGCUAACGUGGAGAAUGAGUCGCUGGCCACGGUGAGGUUUCAUGACCUUCUGACCCAGCUGGACCACCAGCAUAGCCGCUUUGCGAUGGAGAAAGACUUCCUGAACCAGCACAACAUCCGCAAGAUCAAACGCAACCUGCAGACCCUGUUUCAGGACAACCCCGUCUCCAUGGCGAUGAUCAUCAGCAAGAACCUGAGCGAGGAGAGGAAGAUUCUGGCAGCGGCCCAGAUCUCAGAGGACUCAACGCAGAAUGCUCAGAGUGAUAUGAUGAUUGAGAAGCAAAGAGAGCUGGAUCACAGCGUGAAGGCCAUUAAGAGCAAAGUACAGGAAACAGAGCAAAACAUAAAAAAUCUGGAGGAUCUCCAAGACGAGCAUGACUUCAAGAGCAAAACACUGCAGAAUCGAGAGGAGCUGAACGGCACAAUAUCCAGAGAGGAACUGAAUCGUGAGAAGGUCUGCCUCAGAGCCAUGUUCAUGAAGCUCAACGAAAUGAGAAGGGGAGUGGUGAGUCAGAUGUCAGAGGUGCUGAACCUGGUGGAGCAGCUGGAGUAUGAUCUGAUCAGUGUAGAGCUGCCUGAAUGGAAGAGAAGACAGCAGAUGUCCUGCAUUGGAGACCUCACCAACAUCUGCCUCGACCAGCUGCAGAACUGGUUCACAGCAGUAGGUGAGUGUUUGCUGCAGGUGCGUCAGCAGCUGAAGAAGCUUCUGGAGCUGGAGCAGAAAUUCACAUACACACAAGAUCCAAUCGCCCUCAGCAGGGGCACGCUGGAGGAGAGGGCCCUAACCCUCCUUAAGACCCUCAUCACCAACUCCAUCGUGGUUGAGAGACAGCCCUGCAUGCCCACGCAGCUUCAGAGGCCUCUAGUUCUGAAGACUGGAGUUCUGUUCACUCUCAAAGUCAGGUUGUUGGUGAAACUGCAGGAGUUUAACCACAUGGUCAGAGUAAAAGUGCACUUUGAUAAAGACGUGACAGAGAAGAGGAAAGGUUUCCGGAAGUUCAAUAUUCUUGGAACCAACAUGAAGGUGAUGAACAUGGAGGAGUCGAUUGGGAUGGCUGCAGAAUUCCGACAUCUGCAACUGAAAGAACAGAAAGUCGCUGGAAACCGGACAAAUGAGGGUCCACUGAUCGUAACUGAGGAGCUCCACUCUUUCACCUUUGAGGCAGAGCUUUGCUGGUCUGGACUCGUCAUUAACUUUGAUACAACCUCCCUCCCCAUUGUGGUAAUCUCGAAUGUCAGUCAGCUGCCAUGUGGCUGGGCAUCCAUCUUGUGGUACAACAUGCUGACAUCCGACCCCAAGAAUCUCGCAUUCUUCGUGAACCCUCCUUCAGUCAGUUGGGGUCAGCUGUCUGAGGUGCUGAGUUGGCAGUUCUCCUCCAUUACUAAGAGAGGCCUGAAUGCGGAGCAGCUAAGCAUGCUGGGACAUAAACUGCUGGGUCCGAAAGCAAUGAAAGAUCCAGAGGCUCAGGUUCCUUGGAAUAAAUUCUGCAAGGGUGGCAGUGAAAAGAACUUCACCUUCUGGCUGUGGAUUGAGGGAAUCCUUGACCUGAUUAAACGACACCUGCAGUGCCUGUGGGAUGAAGGGUAUAUAAUGGGCUUCGUGACAAAGGACCGAACUAAAGCUCUACUCAAUGAUAAAGCUCAGGGAACGUUUCUUCUGCGCUUCAGCGAGAGCAACCGAGACGGAGCCAUCACCUUCAGCUGGGUGGAACACUCAAAUGACGAGCCCCAGAUCCGGUCAGUAGAACCGUACACUAAAAAAGAGCUGUCUGCAGUCUCGCUCCCCGACAUCCUCAGGAACUACCGAGUGAUGGCAGCUGAUAAUGUUCCCGAAGACCCACUGCGGUUCCUGUAUCCUGCCAUCCAUAAAGACGAGGCCUUCCGCAAGUACUACUCCAAACCCACUGACAAACAUGAGCCAAUGGACGUGGAUAAGAAGCAAGAUGAAGGAUACAUCAGCACGACCCUCAUCUCCGUCUCUGAAAUGAAACCGCAGGAGUACAACGACACCAUGAUGCCCCUGUCUCCAGAGGAAUACGGGGAGCUGGAACGAAUGAAUGGAGAUCUGAACAAAGCCCUUGGAGAGCUUUGCCGUGGUCUUUCAGAAGCCUGCUGAGUGGACAGAGCGAACCUCCCUCCAUACUUACUGAUGAAAUAGUCACCUUGAGGUCCAGUUUUUCUUUGUAUCCCCACAAUAAAAUCUAAAUAAAUAAGUUAUAACCUGCUAUAAAAAGCAGACCUACAGGAAACACUGUAACAGUUUCACAAGUUCACAGCUGAGGGAAUCAGAUGGACUUCACUUAUUUUAGCACUUACCUGAUGCUGAAACAUAUUAGCACUUUUAACCCCAGCUAUUCAGUCUACUGUUGAGCAGACACCUUGGGUGUUUUGUUUCUUUUCUUUUUUUUUUUGGGGGGGGGGGGGGGGGGGGGGGGGGGGGGUUAUAGAAAUAGUAUCUUUUUAACCAUAUAUGGUGCUUGUGAUUCUGUUCUGCUCAGAUUUGCAGUGAAAUGAAUGCCAAAGUUGCCGUCACUGUGCACCAAUACCAGUGGCUUGUUGAGGCUAACCGCUUAGCUGCUAAAUCUAAAUAGUGGUUAAAGUUACCAGAAAAGCUAUGAAUUUUAUGCUAAUAUGAUUAGCCACUGCUUUUAAACAAAAUUCUCAAACCAAAAAAAAAAAAACUAAUUCUCAAGGGCCAGAUUCACAAAAAAAAAAUCAUAAGAAAUAAAUUAUUAUUUUUUCUGCACAUCUGUCAGUGAGAUAAAUCCCAAAAGAAUGUGGGUAAUGCAGCAAGACAAUGACCCUAAGCACACAAGUCUUCUACUGAGCAUAAAGGUAGUGUUUUAAAAUGUUUAAGGUGAACUCCUGACCUUAAUCCAUUAGAAAUGUUGUGGAAAGACUUUAAGGGAGUAAUUCACUUCUUAAUUUAGCCUAAUUUAAAGUAUGCACUUAUUAUGUAAACAUUUUAAUAGUAGAUUAUAUUUUAUAUGACCUGAUUGUAUCACCUCAGCCUCUAAAGUGAUUAGCAUAAAUAGUUGUAUUAGAGAAUUUUUAUAUUUUUUAAUGUUUAAAGCACUGUUUAUCAAUUAAGGAAAUUAAGGAAAAGUAUUUCCAAUCUUACGAAACAAUGACAUACAUGCGAUUUAAUAAGAAUAUAAAAUGUCUAUACAUCAUCAAUUUAUUAUUAUUUUUUUAACCAUUUAGAAUUGAUUUAAUUAAACAAUAGAUUUGCACUGAAAUUAACAUUGUGGCCAAAACUGAACAAAAUGAAACAUUUGGCUGAAGGCUAAUCGAAUAUUGAACAACGUUGAAUAUUGUUUUUCUCAGGUUUUAAAUUUAUUUUGUUACUCUGUAUUUCAGCAGUGCUGUUCUAGUCAUAAAUUUACAUCAGUAGUGCUCCGCAAUCACAAGAGUAAAAUCUACAGAGAAAUGGUAGGUAUGGUAAAGAAACAGAAGCUAAUGUGAAUUUAUCUCAGCCAACAUUACUAUACUUGUAACGUAUUGUUUGGGAAGAAGUAGUAAACUGAGUAAACCAAUACCAAGCAUGAUAAAUAGUGCUGAACAGAACACUUUUUAAUUUAUUUAAUUAAUUUUUCUUAUGUCCGUAGUGUGUAAAAAUUAAUUUAAACUCUUAAUAAUAAAAAUCGUCACAUAUUAUAAGCUCUAAAACCUUCUUCUAAAAAAAAAUCUCUAUUUUUUUUGGUAAAAAGUUUUCUCAUAAUUUUCUCAGCUCUUGUGAAUCUGGCCCCUAAUUUCCAGAUCCCCAGACAAGCUACUCCAGAUAAAUCAGGUGUGUUGAAGCUUCACUUUAUUAGUGAUUUAAUCAGUGAAAUAAAUAUUUAGUGCAGUUUUUGUAACACAAGUUUACAAGCCUGGAACAGCAACACGGUAAAAACAAAGACAAGAUAUAAUAUAAUACAUUCAUAAUACACCGGUUCAAACAGAUCUGAAUUUUACCACCAGUUUAAACAGAGAAAUCACUAAAACGGACCUACAGCUAAAGGGGGCGGAGUUUACAGUGGAAGUGGGUUUAGUUUAGUUUUCCGUUGUUUUUUUUUUUUUCUUGGGUCAUUGUAAUUUUCUAUGAAUAAUUGUUGGCUUUCACAAGAUUAACACAAAUGCUUACACACCCAUACAUACACACUUUCAUACACACGCACACGUGUAUAUAUAUAUAUACACACACACACACACACAGUACUCAAGUAGCAAUUUCAGUGUUUUGUAAUAGAAAAUCACUUUGAUACAGUUAAGCUUCUUGUGCUCGUCGUAUUUCUGUGCUCCAGUCUACAUAAUGUUUUUGUUUUAUGUAUUUUUUUUAAUAACAUUUACAACAACCUGAUUAAUGUAAUUCUUCUGGAGGGUUCUUGGGGACUUUCACAGACUGGUAGUGGGUUUUGAUGGAUGCCUGCGGUACUCUGAGGAGAUUUUUCUGCUUACACAAAAUCAAUAUUUCCAAUAUUUCAAUAUGCAUCAUAGUUACAUAUGAAUACAUAUUUUCAUUCAAGUUAAAAUGUAUAUUUUCUGUUGAAAAUUCAGUAAAACAUUUUCAGCCUGGACUGAAAGGGGCACCUUUCUACCUGAACACGUCUCCUCAGUCUAUCCAGGCAUUUACAAGUUUAUUAUUAAAAGUUCAUAAGGGAAAAACUACUCUGUGUUAUCAUGUUCGAUAUACAUCCCUUACAAAAAUAAAUAAAUAAAUAAAUGCAUAAAAAAUAAUAAAUAAAUAAAAUAACUGUUACCAAAAAAAA